AGUAUCCCUAGUGUGACGUAUUUUGUAAGCGACAAGCACCGGCAGAAAUGGGACAAAACCAGAGUGGGGGACAUGGACCCGGAGGUGGCAAGAAGGAUGACAAGGAUAAGAAGAAAAAAUAUGAGCCCCCUAUUCCUACCAGAGUUGGGAAGAAGAAGAAAAAGACCAAGGGACCUGAUGCUGCAAGCAAACUGCCUUUAGUAACCCCACACACACAGUGCCGACUGAAACUUUUGAAGCAGGAACGCAUUAAGGACUACUUGCUGAUGGAGGAGGAGUUCAUCAGGAACCAGGAACAGAUGAAACCACUGGAGGAAAAACAGGAGGAGGAAAGGUCAAAGGUUGAUGACCUGAGGGGCACCCCAAUGUCUGUGGGGACCCUGGAAGAGAUUAUUGAUGACAACCAUGCCAUCGUGUCCACCUCUGUGGGUUCGGAGCACUAUGUCAGCAUCCUGUCUUUUGUGGACAAAGACUUGCUGGAGCCAGGCUGCUCUGUCCUGCUCAACCACAAGGUCCAUGCAGUUAUCGGUGUGCUAAUGGAUGACACAGACCCACUGGUGACAGUGAUGAAGGUGGAAAAGGCUCCCCAAGAGACAUAUGCUGACAUCGGAGGACUGGACAGUCAAAUUCAGGAGAUUAAGGAAUCGGUGGAGCUGCCACUCACCCAUCCAGAGUACUAUGAGGAGAUGGGGAUCAAGCCUCCCAAAGGAGUCAUUCUGUAUGGCCCCCCAGGAACAGGUAAGACUCUCCUGGCUAAAGCAGUGGCCAAUCAGACGUCGGCAACAUUCUUACGGGUUGUGGGCUCAGAGCUCAUCCAGAAGUACCUCGGUGAUGGUCCCAAACUGGUGCGUGAGCUCUUCCGGGUGGCUGAGGAACAUGCACCAUCCAUUGUCUUCAUUGAUGAGAUCGAUGCCAUUGGAACAAAGAGGUAUGACUCAAACUCUGGAGGCGAGCGAGAAAUACAGAGGACCAUGCUGGAGCUUCUCAACCAGCUGGAUGGCUUUGACUCACGUGGAGAUGUUAAAGUCAUCAUGGCCACCAACAGGAUAGAAACUCUGGACCCUGCUCUCAUUAGACCAGGCCGGAUCGACCGCAAGAUAGAGUUCCCCUUGCCAGAUGAGAAAACCAAAAAAAGAAUUUUCCAGAUUCACACCAGCAGGAUGACAUUGGCUGAGGAUGUGACCCUGGAUGACCUUAUUUUGGCCAAGGAUGAUCUCUCUGGAGCCGACAUAAAGGCUAUCUGUACCGAAGCUGGGCUCAUGGCCCUUAGAGAGCGAAGGAUGAAGGUCACCAAUGAAGACUUCAAGAAAUCCAAAGAGAAUGUGUUGUAUAAAAAGCAGGAAGGCACUCCUGAAGGACUGUACCUAUAAGCCCUCCCUGCCUGUGUGUGACUGGGAGGAGACAUCUAUUAAGAUUACACUCUGAAUAAAUGGGUUUUUUAAUGUA